AUGACGACGGACAUUUUCGAAUCAUCUCGGCGGCCAGCAACGCUGCUCUUGGUAUCAGUCCUCCUUGAGCUUGCGAACGCGCAUGUCGUCCAUAAUCUUCCCAGACAGACUCCGGCGCCGACAAUAACCCUUCCAUAUCAUGUCCUGAACGUGGUAUCAUGGCCUCUGCGACCAACACCCCCUCCCAGACGGGACUUAUUCGCACUCCGGCAGCGACAAAGCAACACUGUCUGCGGCUAUAUUGGCGGUGAUUCGGCUCUUCCUGCAACAUGCGACGCUGGUUCCCAUUGUGUCUUGGAUACAGAGCAUAAUGUGAUUGGAUGCUGUCCGGAUGGGGUCGAAUCUUGUACCACUGGUGUCUUCACAGGCUGCGUUGAUGGCAACAGUGGUCCACAGACCGAGGCGAAUCCCUACGUCUACAGCUGCUCCGGCGGAGCAGUCUGUUACAAGAAUGUUUUCGAUGGCGGCUACUCUCAAUGGGGAUGCGGGACGGCAAGUGAUCUAGCGACAACGGUCCGGGUUAGCGCAAGCGGAGUCUCUACAGCCCUCGACCAUCCUACCGUCACUGUCUCCUUCACCCAAAGCGUCACGUCACUCGAUGAGCCGACGACCCUCGGAACCGUUACCAACGUUGAGGUCUCAAGUACAUCGAGUCUAACAAGUGCAUCAUUAUCUUCCACAACAACAUCAUCAUCCAGGUUAUCGGCGACCACAGCUUCAUCUUUAUCCUCGCAAACAUCGAUCACACGACCGUCCUCAACUUCACCAGAUACCGAAAACGCAGAUGUAGGGGCCUCUUCCACGUCAGCCCCUUCUGCCUCGACCAACGCCAAUUACCGUACAGGUGCCAUUGUGGGCGGCACUAUCGGCGGCCUGGCCGUCCUGAUCGCUCUAAUUUCGCUCGUGUUCUUCGUUAUCCGCCGGCGCAGCUCCAAUGUUAGAAAAGGACCAGGACCCGGCGGUAUUCGCAGCCAGCGGAUAAGUCCGCCAAAGCCCCAGGGAGGCACAGGUUUCGCAGCAUUGACUCAGGACGCCGAUGCAUUCGAGGUUCCCUCAUCGCACACACUGUUGCAUUACAAUCCCAACCCGAUGACCAUGUCAAAGAAUGCCCCCUCAUUAACAGCAACAGGGGCCGCCACAGCAAUAGCAUCUGGGGCACUACCGGCCGAAUCGAACAACGCAUCCAAUAACCCCGAUAUCCUCCCGCCGAUCAACGCCGGCCCAUCGAUUCCCUUCCAAACUCCCGCAGACGAUCUUGACCACGAUCACUCGCCCUACGCGUACAGAGGCGCGGAAAGCGCCUUAGCAGGAUCUGCCUACCAACCGCCUUCAGGCUACGCUCCGGGAAGUUCUACAGCCUACAGUUACCCGGUGAUGGGACGUACUCACGCCGCUAAUGACGGCUUCAACUCUCGCCUCGAGUCAGACCAGGUGCCACUGACCCGUGCGGCCGAGUUUGACGAAUUCCAUCAAGGCUUCCAGGCUGCGCUGGACAGGAUCGGCGAGGAAGACGAAGACAUGGCGCAUGAGCCCUACCGCGACAACCCCACCGGAUCAGACAGCGCGGCCGGCAACAGCCUUGUGCCACCGAGCAGCAGGCCGCUCUGGCAACAGAAUCGGAGACAGAGUAGGAAUAUGAUGUGGAUGUGA